CAGGGUGAGCUAUUUCACCCCUUUAACCUAUAAAUACCACCUUCAGGGCUUACACUUUCUCACACCAAUACCAAUACUCUCUUUGCUUCCUCCACAUUUCAGUCUUCUCAUCUUAAGCUUGCAAACGAUUAUCAUGGGCGUGUUCACUUAUGAAACCGAGUUCACCUCUGUCAUCCCACCCCCAAGACUCUACAAGGCCUUUGUUCUUGAUACUGAUAACCUCAUCCCCAAGAUUGCCCCACAGGCUGUGAAGAGCACAGAACUCGUUCAAGGUGAUGGAGGUGUUGGAACCAUCAAGAAGAUCCACCUUGGUGAAGGAAGCGAAUACAGCUAUGUGAAGCAUCAGAUUGAUGGACUUGACAAAGACAACUUUGUUUACAACUACAGCAUCAUUGAAGGUGAUGCUAUCGGAGACAAGGUCGAGAAGAUCUCGUACGAGAUUAAGUUGGUGGCGUCUCCAAGUGGAGGUUCCAUCAUCAAGAGCACAAGCCACUACCAUUGCAAAGGAGAGGUUGAGAUCAAGGAAGAGCAUGUCAAGGCCGGAAAAGAAAGAGCUGCUGGUUUGUUCAAGAUCAUUGAAAACUACCUUUUGGGAAACCCUGAUGCAUACAACUAAAUCGAACCAUGAUAGCGCUACUGCAUUAUAGUCUCCUUUUGUCAUUGGUGUGGCUUUGAUAUCACUUUCCUUUCUUUUCAACCAAGACGUUUGUUUUGGCUUUGCAUUUUGGUUUAUGGCGAAUUGUAAUAAUAUUGGAUUUGAUUUAGCCAAAUAAAGAAUAGAA